GUUAUGUGACUGGGCCGCGCGAGUGUUGACAGGACAGGAAACCCGUGUGACUGUGGAGGCCAGAUAAAGCUUGGUGAGGUUAGUCUGGAGGAGUUGUGUGUACGGUGGUGACGCGCGGCUGAGGCUUUCCUCACACUCCCUCUAAUACACGGAAGUCGUGAAGAGAGAGAUGGGGCGGUGGAGUGCAGUGGUGAUGAUGGUGGUGGUGGUGGUGGUGAUGGCGGCGGCACAAGAGAGAGUAGACAGCUGCCAUUCAAAGAGGAACUGCAAAGACUGUAUCCAGACACCCGACUGUAUGUGGUGCACUAAUCCCAAGAUGGUACCAACCAAGAUUGAACACCAGAUUUUCUGCCGACACAUUAGCACCAACGUCACCGAAUUUUGCGACGAAGAGAACCUCGAAAACCCCACCAACUUCAUGAACAUCGUCGUCCAGAACCAACUGACUGAAACGGGCAAGAGGACGACUGCAGAAGACGAAGAGAACAUUAUCCAGAUUACACCCCAGAGAAUUAAGCUCAAACUACGAAAAGGUACGCCAAUCAACGUCACCCUGACCUACAGACAAGCUCGAGACUACCCGAUUGACCUCUACUACCUGAUGGACUUGUCUAACUCCAUGAACGACGACAAGCAAAAGCUGGGAGAACUCGGGGAUGAGUUGGCGACACUGUUGAGUCAACUCACCAAACAAUACCAGCUGGGCUUUGGAUCCUUUGUCGAUAAGGUCAUGAUGCCGUAUGCUGACACUGCACCCAAUAAAAUCGACAAACCGUGUCAUGGAUGCGCCCCGCCAUUCUCCUUCAGGAACGACCUCCCUCUAGACAAAAACCCCAAACUUUUUACACGUAAAGUAAAGGAGGUGCCCAUGUCUGGCAACUUGGAUGCACCAGAAGGCGGUUUCGACGCUCUCAUGCAGGCGAUGGUGUGUAAGGAAAUAGGCUGGAGGGAGCAGGCGCGUCGGAUUAUUAUCUUCUCCACGGACGCCAAGUUUCACCAGGCGGGCGACGGACGAUUGGCCGGAAUCGUGCAGCCCAAUGAUGAGAAGUGCCACUUGAACAACAAGAAUGAAUACGACCAGUACGACAAGUACGACUAUCCCUCUAUUGCCCAGAUCAAUAAGGUGUCUAAGGAGCAUAACAUCAACGUGAUCUUCGCUGUGUCGAAUUACGUGAAUCUCUACAGGGAACUCUCCAGCCUGAUCGAAACGUCCUCUUACGGAAAACUGGACAAUAACUCCGCCAAUGUUGUCAGGCUAGUGGAUGAACAGUACAAAAAAAUCUCCUCCGUUUUGCGCCUGACGGACAACAGCACCAAUUCCCCGGUCAGUAUCCGCUACUUCUCCAGCUGCAAGGGUGGAGAUUCACCCGUCAACACCAAAAUGUGUAAGCAAAUCAGAGAAGGAGACACGGUCAGCUUUACCCUGGAAGUUACGGCCAACGAGUGCAGGGAGGAUGAAACAAAAUCCAUCGUGGAAGUCAAGACGUUAGAAGACAACCUCAUCCUUGAGAUCGAGUACGAAUGCUCCUGCAGUUGUGAGGCCCAGGCUGUGAAGCAGAACGACCCAAAGUGCAACUCUAAUGGCGUUCUUAUAUGUGGUGUGUGCUCCUGUAACCAGGGAUACAGGGGUGAUAACUGCCAGUGUAGCAUUAGUGACACUUCUGCCAGCAGUGAAGAAGACAAGAAGCUGUGUAGAGCCAAGGUCGAUGAGAGGGAGUGUUCGAGUCGGGGCUUCUGUAGCUGCGGUACUUGCGUGUGCACGGACAGCGUGAACGUGCACGGGAGAUACUGUCAGUGUGAUAAGCGGAAGUGCAUCUCAGGGCCUAAGGAAACGUGCUCUGGCCAUGGCGAUUGUGACUGCAACUCGUGUAAGUGUCGACAGGGCUACACAGGCGGGCUUUGUGAGUGUAAGGACGACUCUGCCUGCAAAGAACCUGGCUCGCAGAUGGUGUGUUCCGGCCACGGUGAGUGUGCCUGUGGCAAGUGUAAGUGUACCCCGGAUGGCGACACUACUUACACCGGCCAGUACUGUGAGGAAUGUCUAACCUGCCCAUCUGGAAAAUGCUUCAGCUUCAAGGAUUGUGUUCAGUGUAUACAAUUCGGGACGGGCGCCCUGAGCAAAGAGGCGUGUACUAAGUGUAACGUCACCACCACUGUUACCCAGAGCCUGAACGGUCAGGUAGAACUUGGUGCUCGACUGUGUACCUUCGAGGACGAGGAAGGUUGCUACUUCAACUUUACUUACCGCUACAUCGGCGCCAGGAGAGAUGACGAAUUAAAAUACGAUAUUUAUGUCCAGGAGGACCGACAGUGCCCAGAGGCCGCGCCCGUGAUGGGUAUCAUCUUCGGUCUGGUGGCUGCUAUCGUGGCCCUUGGGAUCCUCACUCUCUUAAUCUGGAAGUUGCUUACUUCCUUCCACGACCGCCAGGAGUACGCCAAGUUCUUGAGGGAGAGAGAUGCAACAGUCUGGCCUACGGAAGAAAACCCGCUAUACAAGGGUGCAGAAACUACCUUCAAGAACCCGGCCUACGACAGCAAAUAAAAGGAGCUUCUGAGUGUGCCACCAACACCCUCUUCUCACCUUAAUGGGUCUGACCCACUAAAAACACCUGUUAAUAAGUGAAAACAAACGCAUCAAUAUAAACUUUGGCAAUA